AUGAUCAAGAUUGUUACCGCACUCUUUGCUUUGGCUUGCCUUAUUGUUUUUGCCAGUGCUCAAACCCAACACUGCUUUGAUAAAUCAUUCCAAACUCGUGUCAGAGUUUUUGAACCAAAGAGAGAUUUCUUUGAUACUCAAACCAUGUACGUUGAUGCUGAUGCUGGUUUGACUAGAAUUGAUAUGCUCGUAAGAGAACCAGUCAGCAGAAAUGUUAGUGUUUAUCUUAAUUAUAACACUAUGAAGUCAUACACUUAUGACAUCGUUACUGGUACUUGUAAUGUUAUUGUUCUCUCUCAACCUCAACAACCAUUCUGUAUUUCAUCAAAUGCUACUUAUGCUAGAUCUGAUGUUUUGGGUGGUACAUUGAAGGUUGAUGUCUAUGAAGAAAAGGUUUUCGGAUUCCAAGCCAAGAUUUCCUAUGCUCCAAAUACUAACAUUCCAGUUUCAGUUAUUACUAAGGCUGCUGGUGUUGGUAGUGGUUAUGUUAUUGAAGAAUUCUUCAAUUGGAUUCAUCAAAAGCCAGCUUCUGCUGUUUUCACUUUGCCAGCUGCUUGUCAAAGACUCUCUGGUCCAUCUAUGAGAAUGGCUAACAGUGAUUCUGCUAUUAUUGGUAGAGUUCAAUCUCUUCUCUUUAGAAAUGCUAUCAAGAAGGCUUCUGCCAAGUUGUAA